GUACAGGCGGCAUUGGUGGUAGAAGGAAGAUGGCAGCCUCCUGAGUGAGUUCGCAGAGCUGCUACAAGAAGCUGGCAGGCAAAAAAGAUAAAAAAAAACCCAAAUCCACAGUGUGCAUGUACAUAGCAGGUGGCGUGAAAGAAGAAGCGAAACAGUUUAAGCAAUAUAAGCAGUCAGGGUUUUGUUAGAAGAUGAAUAUCCUUAAGGACAAUAAAGACUUAGCAUGUUUCUAUACAACAAAGCACUCCUGGAGAGGAAAGUAUAAAAGAGUAUUUUCUGUUGGUACCCAUGGAAUUACCACAUACAAUCCAACCACUUUAGAAGUUACUAAUCAGUGGCCAUAUGGAGAUAUCUGUGGAAUUGGACCAGUGGGCAAGGGGCAAGGCACUGAGUUUUACCUUACUUUUCGAAAAGGAACUGGAAAGAAAUCUGAAACGUUAAAGUUUUCAACUGAGCACAGAACAGAAUUAUUAACGGAAGCACUGAGAUUCAGAACAGAUUUUUCAGAGGGGAAAAUUACUGGAAGGAGAUACAACUGUUAUAAACAUCAUUGGAGUGACACUCGCAAGUCUGUGGUAUUAGAAGUGACUCCUGGAGGAAUUGACCAGAUUGAUUCCUCAACUAACAGAAUUCUUUCUUCAUAUGACUACAGAAACAUUGAAGGCUUUGCAGAGGUUUCUGACUAUCAGGGAGGUUUUUGUAUAUUGUAUGGAGGCUUUAGUCGACUGCAUCUUUUUGCAUCAGAACAAAGGGAUGACAUAAUCAAAAGUGCAAUUGAGCAUGCUGGGAACUACAUAGGCAUCACAUUACGUGUUCGCAAAGACAACAUAGGAUUUGAGCAGUUUGUGAACUUCCGACUAGGGAAAUACAGCACAGAUGACUCUGUCACCUCUCUUGCAGAAUUUGUUGUGCAGAAAAUCUCUCCAAGGCACUCGGAGCCAGUUAAGAGGACAUUGGCCCUUACUGAAACCUGUUUAGUAGAACGAGAUCCAGCAACAUACAACAUUGUAACGCUAAAACCAUUUGGUGAGGUGUUUGCUUUAGUUUGUGACCAAGAAAAUCCUCAACUGUUUACAGUGGAGUUUAUCAGGGGCCAAAUAAGGAAAUAUUCUUCAACAGAACGAGAUUCACUGUUGGCCAGUUUGCUGGACGGAGUUAGAGCAUCAGGAAACAGGGAUGUAUGUGUGAAAAUGGCUCCAACAAAUAAAGGCCAGAGGUGGGGAUUGCUUAGUAUGCCUGUGGAUGAAGAAGUGGAAAGUUUGCAUUUGAAGUUUUUGGCGGCACCUCCAAAUGGAAAUUUUGCUGAUGCAGUCUUCAGGUUCAAUGCAAACAUUUCCUACAGUGGAGUCUUACAUGCUGUUACUCAAGAUGGCUUGUUUUCUGAGAACAAGGAGAAAUUAAUUAAUAAUGCCAUCACAGCUUUACUCUCCCAAGAAGGAGAAAUGACAGUUAAUAAUGCUGAAUUGGAGAGUCAGUUUCAUGCUGUUAGAAGACUUGUAGCAUCCAAAGCAGGAUUCCAAGCUUUCACACAACUUCCAAAAUUUCGUGAAAGACUUGGUGUAAAAACUGUUAAAGCUUUAAAAAGAAGCAACGAUGGAGUGACUCAUGCUGCCAUUGACAUGCUUUGUGCCCUAAUGUGUCCCAUGCAUGAUGAUUACGACUUAAGACAAGAACAGUUAAAUAAAGCUUCACUGCUGUCCUCAAAGAAAUUUUUAGAGAACUUGCUGGAAAAGUUCAACAGUCAUGUGGAUCAUGGCACAGGUGCUCUUGUUAUAAGCGCUCUUCUGGAUUUCCUCACUUUUGCCCUCUGUGCCCCCUAUAGCGAGACUACUGAAGGGCAGCAGUUUGACAUGCUUUUGGAAAUGGUGGCUUCAAAUGGAAGGGCUCUUUUUAAAUUAUUCCAGCAUCCUUCAAUGGCUAUCGUAAAGGGAGCUGGCUUGGUCAUGAAAGCUAUAAUUGAGGAAGGUGAUAAGGACAUAGCCACAAAAAUGCAAGAUCUUGCUCUAAGUGAAGGUGCCUUACCUCGUCAUUUACACACAUCAAUGUUUACAAUCAGUUCUGAUCAGAGAAUGUUGACUAACAGGCAACUGAGCAGACAUUUAGUGGGACUUUGGACAGCUGAAAAUUUAACGGCUAUGAAUUUACUAAAGCGUAUAUUGCCAACAGGACUGCUAGCAUAUCUGGACAGCUUAGACCCAGUACCUGAAAAAGAUGUUGACAGAAUGCAUGUCAGGGACAAUGUGAAAAUUGCUACGGAUCAAUAUGGAAGGUUUAACAAAGUUCCAGAGUGGCAACGGAUAGCAGGAAAGGCUGCUAAGGAGGUUGAGAAAUUUGCCAAAGAAAAGGUUGAUUUGGUUCUUAUGCACUGGAGGGACAGAAUGGGAAUUGUUCAGAAGGAACAAGACCGUAAUAACUUGAAUAUUAACCAAAAACCUGUAAUAUUGAGAAAGAGAAGGCAAAGAAUUAAAAUAGAGGCCAACUGGGAGCUGUUUUACUACAGAUUUCAACAAGAUCAUGCAAGGUCAAACUUAAUUUGGAACUUCAAAACACGGGAAGAACUGCGUGAUGCACUUGAAUGUGAAAUGAGGGCUUUCAACAUUGACCGAGAACUGGGCAAUGUGAAUGUGAUUUCAUGGAAUCAUCAGGAGUUUGAAGUUAAGUAUGAAUGCCUUUCAGAUGAAAUAAAAAUUGGCGAUUACUACCUUCGUCUUCUUCUUGAAGAAGAUGAAAAUGAGGAAACUGGAGCAAUAAAAAGAUCGUAUGAAUUUUUUAAUGAACUUUAUCACCGUUUCCUGCUUACACCUAAAGUGAACAUGAAGUGUUUAUGCUUGCAAGCCUUGGCCAUAGUGUAUGGAAAGUGCCAUGAGGAAAUUGGACCAUUCACUGAUACUAAAUAUAUUGUUGGAAUGCUGGACAGGUGCACUGAUCGACUAGAGAGGGACAGGUUAAUCCUUUUCUUAAAUAAACUUAUUCUCAACAAGAAAAAUGUCAAGGAUGUUUUAGAUUCCAAUGGAGUCCGUAUUCUUGUAGAUCUCCUUACCCUGGCACACCUUCAUACAAGUAGAGCAACGGUACCAUUACAAAGUAAUGUCAUUGAAGCAUCCCCAGACAUGAAGAGAGAGAGUGAGAAAGAAUGGUAUUUUGGCAAUGCAGAUAAAGAGCGAAGAGGCCCAUUUAGUUUUGAGGAGAUGCAAGGCUUUUGGAAUGUUGGAGUACUUUCUACAAAAACACGAUGCUGGGCCCAAGGCAUGGAUGGCUGGAGACCAUUGCAAACAAUCCCCCAGUUAAAGUGGUGUCUACUGGCCAGUGGACAAGCUGUUUUGAAUGAAACUGACCUAGCAACCCUAAUUCUCAACAUGCUUAUCACUAUGUGCUCAUAUUUUCCAAGCAGGGAUCAGGAUAAUGCCAUCAUCAGACCUCUUCCCAGGGUUAAAAGGCUUCUCACAGAGAGUACAUGUCUUCCUCAUAUUGUUCAGCUUUUGCUGACAUUUGACCCUAUCUUGGUGGAGAAAGUAGCCAAUUUGUUGUAUCUUAUUAUGCAAGAUAACCCUCAGUUGCCUCGACUGUACCUCAGUGGCAUCUUCUUCUUUAUUAUGAUGUAUACAGGAUCAAAUGUACUUCCUGUAGCAAGGUUUUUGAAAUAUACACACCUGAAGCAGGCAUUUAAGUCAGAAGAGACGAAGGGUCAAGAUAUUGUACAAAGAAGCAUUCUUGGCAACAUUUUUCCUGAAGCCAUGGUUUGUUACUUGGAAAAUUAUGAUGCAGAACGAUUUUCUGAGAUUUUUCUUGGAGAAUUUGAUACACCAGAAGCAAUUUGGAGCAGUGAAAUGAGACGGUUGAUGAUUGAGAAGAUAGCUGCACAUCUUGCUGAUUUCUCACCUCGUCUUCAAAGCAACACCCGAGCACUUUAUCAGUAUUGUCCAAUUCCUUCUAUUAACUAUCCUCAGCUUGCAAAUGAACUGUUCUGUAAUAUUUACUACCUCAAGCAUCUUUGUGAUACUCUGAAAUUCCCUAACUGGCCCAUAAAAGAUCCUGUGAAACUCCUAAAAGACUCCCUUGAAGCAUGGAAAAAGGAAGUGGAAAAGAAGCCACCAUCAAUGUCACUAGAAGAUGCAUAUGAAGUUUUGAAUCUUCCUAGAGUCCAAGGCCAACAUGAUGAAAGCAAAAUAAGGAAAGCAUAUUUCAGGCUUGCACAAAAGUACCAUCCUGACAAGAAUCCAGAAGGAAGGGAAAUGUUUGAAAAAGUCAACAAAGCUUAUGAAUUUUUGUGCACAAAAUCUGCAAAACAUGUUGAUGGACCAGACCCAGAAAAUAUCAUUCUAAUCCUUAAAACGCAAAGCAUACUUUUCAACAGACACAGAGAAGAUCUCCAACCAUACAAGUAUGCAGGAUAUCCAAUGCUUAUAAAGACCAUCACAAUGGAGACCACAGAUGAUCAGCUCUUUUCCAAAGCAACCCCUCUGCUGCCUGCUGCUGCUGAGCUGGCCUUCCACACUGUUAAUUGCUCAGCUCUAAAUGCAGAGGAACUGCGACGUGAAGAUGGAAUACAGGUGUUACAAGAAGCUUUUUCUAGAUGUGUAGCUGUGCUUACUGCUACUAGCAAAACUGAUGAUAUGGCAGUACAGGUCUGUGGCCAUGUUUGCAGAUGUUACAGUGUUGCAGCUCAAUUUGAGGAAUGCAGAGAGAAAAUUGUUGAACUGCCAAGCAUCAUCAAGGAUCUCUGUAGAAUUCUGUAUUAUGGAAAGAGCAUCUCUCGAGUCGCCACACUAGCAGUGGACUGCAUCAGCUCAUUUGCUGUGGACUACUUCUUGCAAACCCAAAUGUUUCAUGCUGGUGUUCUGUGGCAUCUCCUCAGUUAUCUGUUUAAUUAUGACUACACUUUGGAAGAGAGUGGCGUUCAGAAAAGUGAGGAGACCAACCAACAGGAAGUUUCAAAUAGUCUUGCCAAGCUAAGUCUGACAGCAUCUAGUCGAUUAGGUGGUUAUGUAUCAGAGGAAGGUGGAGCCCCAGAAAAUCCCACCGUGCAGAAAAGUUUAGUGGCAAUGCUUACACCAUAUGUUUCUAGGAAGCUUGCUACAACUGCCCCAGCUGAGGUCCUCAAGCUCUUGAACAGUAACUCUGAGAAUCCCUAUUUGAUUUGGAACAAUGGAACCAGGGCUGAGCUGCUUGAGUUUCUAGAAAGUCAACAGGAGAGUAUGAUUAAGCGAGGGGAGUGUGAUCAAAGCUUUGGAGCACAAUUUGUAUUUAGUGAACAUGCAAAAGAAUUAAUUGUUGGGGAAAUAUUUGUCAGAGUCUACAAUGAACAGCCCACAUUUUCACUGGAGUUUCCAAAAGCUUUUGCUGCUAGCCUUCUAGAUUACAUAGGCUGUCAGGCACAGUAUCUCCAUACUCUAAUGGCAAUCACUCAGAAAGGGAAGGUGGAAUCAGAUCAACAUGGGGAUCGACUUCGAAGGGUAGAAAUGGCACUAGAAGCUUUAAGAAAUGUAAUUAAACAUAACCCAGGGUCAGAAACGGAAUGCAUUGGUCAUUUUAAGUUGAUCUUUUCUCUUUUACGAGUUCAUGGGGCCGGGAAGGUUCAGCAACUGGCCCUAGAGGUUGUCAACAUUGUGACCAGUAACCAGGAAUGUGUUAGUAACAUUGCAGAUUCCUUGGUUCUUUCAAACUUAUUGGUUCUACUUCAUUCACUGCCAUCAAGUCGGCAACUUGUUCUUGAAACCCUUUAUGCACUUACAUCUAAUACUAAAAUUAUUAAAGAAGCCAUGGCAAAAGGUGCAUUGAUAUACCUGCUUGACAUGUUUUGCAACUCCACUCAUCCUCAAGUGCGGUGUCAAACUGCUGAGCUUUUUGCCAAAAUGACCUCAGACAAAUUGAUUGGACCCAAGGUAAGGCUUACAUUGAUGAAGUUUCUUCCUGGUGUCUUCAUGGAUGCUAUGAGAGAUAAUUCUGAAGCUGCAGUUCACAUCUUUGAAGGGACUCAUGAAAACCCAGAACUGAUCUGGAAUGACAACUCUAGAGAAAAGGUGUCAACAACGGUUAGAGAAAUGAUGUUAGAGCAUUAUAAACAACAAAGGGACAAUCCUGAUAUCAACUGGAAGUUGCCUGAAGAUUUUGCAGUGUCAUAUGGGGAUGCACAAGGGGAAAUUGCAGUUGGAGGUGUCUUCCUGAGAAUCUACAUUGCUCAGCCUGGAUGGGUCCUCAGGAAGCCACGAGAAUUUUUAGUUUCUCUACUAGAAAGAUUGACAGAACUGCUAGAGAAAAAAAAUCCAAAUGGUGAAGAAUUAGAAAUUGUUACUACAGCAACAGUGUGCCUCUUCAGUGCCCAGUCACAGCUAGCAGAUCAGGUACCACCACUGGGUCAUCUCCCAAGGAUACUACAAGGACUCAAUCACAAGAAUAAUGCCAUUCCCAAGAGCUCCAUCCGUGUCAUUCAUGUUCUGUCUGAUAAUGAGUUGUGUGUCCGAGCUAUGGCUUCACUGGAGACUAUUAAUCCUUUAAUGAAUGGAAUGAAGAUCAGGUCAGACAUGGCAGGUCUAGCCUGUGAAGCACUGAACCGAAUGUUCCAAAAGGAACAAUCUGAUCUAGUUGCUCAGGCACUGAAGGCAGAUUUAGUUCCUUAUCUGUUGAAAUUGUUAGAAGGGAUUGGUCUUGAAUCUCUGGAUAAUCCUGCUUCUAUCAAGGCUCAGAUUGUGAAAGCGCUAAAGUCAAUGACACGUAGCUUACAGUAUGGUGAACAGGUGAAUGAAAUACUUUCUCGAUCUAAUGUCUGGAGUGCCUUUAAAGAUCAAAAACAUGACCUUUUUAUCUCAGAGUCACAAACAGCCGGAUACCUCACAGGUGUCUCCUCACCUUCCUUUCUCACUGGUUCUAGUCCCCUUCACCUCAGAAGUGGGCAUUAGAUCUUCUCUGCCAGGGCCCCUUGCUUACUUCCCUGUAGCUCUGAAGCAGGUCCUGGGAUUGCAGGCUACCUUACGGCUGGAACACCGUCAACAGUCAUGCCAAGCAUCCCACCUCCUGUAGACAAUGAGAUUGGAGACUUGGGCUGAUCGGAGACUGUCAUUCAUACCAGAUCCUUCUCAAGACAGCAAAGUAAAUGAGUGGAAAGAGGAUCCUCCAGCAUCCCGGCUUCUGUUCUGAGCUUUCUUGCCUUGCUUUUUGUCGCUCAUAACAAAAAGACAUUAAUCAGUUUUCUAUGAAGAAUUUUUUUUUUUUUUUAAUUUGGAAGGAGCCAUGAACAGUUUGUUUCAGCAUUACAUAAAAUCCUACAAGACCUCUGCAGAUACACCCAAUGUGAUCCACCAGAGUACACAAGUAUUUUUCUUGGCGUACUUGUAUAGUUUAUCUGUAUAAGUUUACAGGACUGUGAUUCUGAUUUAUAAAUUGUUUUCUUAAUUUUUAUAAUGUUUUACAGUGCUGUAUUGAAGAGAAGAAAACCUCAAGGCUGUGGUGUUUAAUUACAGUCAAGUUGUUUGGAUUCAAAAUAAUAUAUAAAUAAUAUGUAUACAAUAAACAAGCACUCUUGAUGGCAGUCCUUGAUGCUGUGUGUAGCACAGCAUGUCCUCUAAGUUUUGUUAUGCUGUGGACUGUUACUAAAAUCAAGUCCUUCCCCUCUGCUAAUUCUCUGCCCUUCUCAAAUCUUCUCCUUAACAAUCUAGGUUGCAAACAACUCUAGAUAACAGUAAUUUCUACUUACAGUUGCCUUUACCAACAUAAAUGAGAGCUUCUGCUGAGAAAAGAAAAAUAUUGACCCUGAUUAUAUUAUGUAAAAGACUAGUGUAAUUGUGAAAUGUUCUAUAUAAUAUUCCAUAUACUUUCUAUAUUGAAUGUACAUUUAAAAAGGAUCAGAUGCACUUGUACAUACAAUUUUAAAAAUAAAGUAAGGGAAUCAAUGCUA